GUGCAGUGACCACACCAUACCCCACUCUAAGCCACAGGACACAGAGGUGUCACAAGGCCAGGAUCCAGAGAGGGCAGGGGAGGAGAGCGAGCUCGCAGCAUGGAGCCGGUCCAGGACACCUACCGCCCGCCACUGGAGUACGUGAAGGGGGUCCCUCUCAUCAAGUACUUUGCAGAGGCACUGGGGCCACUGGAGAGUUUCCAAGCUUGGCCCGAUGACGUGCUGAUCAGCACCUAUCCCAAAUCUGGUACCACCUGGGUGAGCGAGAUCCUGGACCUAAUCUACCAGGGUGGUGACCUGCAGAAGUGUCAGAGAGCCCCCAUCUUUGUGCGGGUGCCCUUCCUUGAGUUCAAAAUCCCCAGGUGUCCCACAGGUUUUGAGCUGCUGAAAGAUACACCAGCCCCACGGCUCCUCAAGACACACUUGCCCCUGACCCUGCUACCCCAGACUCUGCUGGACCAGAAGGUCAAGGUGGUCUACGUCGCCCGCAACGCAAAGGACGUGGCCGUCUCCUAUUACCACUUCUACCGUAUGGCCAAAGUGCACCCUAACCCUGGCACGUGGGACAGCUUCCUGGAAGACUUCAUGGCCGGAGAAGUGUCCUACGGGUCCUGGUACCAGCACGUGCAGGAGUGGUGGGAGCUGCGUCACACCCACCCUGUCCUCUAUCUCUUCUACGACAUGAAGGAGAACCCCAAGAGGGAGAUUCAGAAGAUCCUGGAGUUUGUGGGGCGCUCGCUGCCAGAGGAGACGGUGGAGGACAUCGUCCAGCACACGUCCUUCCAGGAGAUGAAGAACAACGCCAUGACCAACUACCGCACCCUCCCCUCCGACCUCCUGGACCACAGCAUCUCGGCCUUCAUGAGGAAAGGCAUCACUGGAGAUUGGAAAAGCACCUUCACAGUGGCCCAGAACGAGCGCUUUGAGGCCGACUAUGCUGAGAAGAUGGCAGGCUGUAACCUCCGCUUCCGCUCGGAGCUGUGAGUGGUGGCGUUCACGGAGGAGGGGUGUGAAGCAAGCCCGGCUGGAGCCUCAAGGAUAAAAUCUGGGAGUUUCCUGGCGGCUCAGCGGGGUAAAGAUCAUGUGUUGUCACUGCUGUGUGGCCUAUAAACUUGUGCAUGCUGUUGCUGUGGCCCAAAAAGGUGAAUAAAUCAAAUCUGAUGUGUGUUCAA